GUAUUAAACUGCGGUCGGCGUGUUUGGCAGGAGUUUCAGAGGAAAAAUAAACGGCGCGUCUCGGGCCGCGUGCGUGAACUUCGUUUGUGCUUAAAAAUGGGUAAAAACAAGAAAAAACAAAAGGACUUCCAGAAAGUUAAGUUGAGAGUCGGUCGGAAACUCCCGCAAGCACUGAACACGACAGACACGAGUUUCAAAACGAAGAAAAUCGUCCUGCGCGACAGACCCUCGAAGCCGGCAAGUGGCGAGCCGACCACAGCUCGGAAGCUAAACAUUCAGGAUCUCAUUGCCAGGCUCCACCACUACAACGCAGCGAGCCGUCUAGACGCCCUGACGGGUCUCAAGGAACUCGGCAUCAGUCAUCCGGAGACCUUUGCACUGCACCUCAAGGCACUGCUUGAAAUCUUGGGCACCACCUGUUCCGACAAAGAAGGCGGCGUUCGACGAGCUGCCCUGAAGGUCCUGCGGCUGGUGCUGGGAUCCGUGUCUGCCGACCGCCUCUCACCCUUUGGCCCCCUACUCCUCUCUCACCUGGGCUGCGCCACCAACCACCUGUGCCCCGACGUCCGCCACGACGCGCUCGACCUGCUCGGUGUUUUGCUGGACUGCGUGCCGGCCCUGGUCGUCCGCGCUCCCUACGGCACGCUGCGCAACUUCCUCAACAUGAUCUCCGCCAGCGCCGAGACGCAGUCGUCGGUGCCGCCAGCCAAGCGGCGACGCAUUCUCUCGUCUCAGCCGGGACGCCGGACCACCAACCGCGUCGCCUGGGCGCGGGUGCUCUUGCGGCUCGAGCGUUUCCUGCAGGCCGCACUGCUCGUCAACUUCCCUUCGUCACCACUGGUGCAUUCGAAGCCGCCCUUUAGGUUGCACGCCGGACUGCUCUCUGAGAAGUCGGAUGGUACGGGCCGGGCCGGCGGACGCGAGUUUGCGGAGGAACUGGUCCCGCUCCUGCUUGACAUGUGGGUCGAAGCGGAUCCUUCUUCGGGGGACGCCGCUGAGAGGGACUCUCUCGUCUUGAUGGACAGCAUCCUGAGCGUGCUUCUCCUCGUGGCUGAGUGGCUGAGGAGAGAGAACAAGGCAAACGUGCAGUGGUUCGAGGACUCCUUCGGCAAGCAGUUGCUGUCCCACUUCAGUCCACGCUUCCCCUAUUCCCAGGACUGCUUUCCUGCCCUUCCGAGUAACAGAAAGAAGGGCAAGAAGGAGCCCGCCCUAAAUAGACAGGUCUCGGUGACGGCGAUUAACCUCGGCGUGUGCGAGGUUCUUGCGGGGCUCGCCGGUGUCCAAACCCCGGACCAGACCCCCCGGGAGGUGUCCUUCCUCCGGGAGCUUGUCGGCAGCGGGCAGGUUCGCUCGUCGGACGUUCGGAAGGUGGUGAAGAUCACCAACCUCCUCUUGCCCCGACUCUCCGCCAGAGACUGUCGGCAACUGGCGGAAGCCAUGUUCUCCCUGUACGAGGACAGUGACAUCCUGCAACCCAAGGACUUCCAACUGGUCCUGGCCUUCUUUCACAGACUACUGCUGAAGUGGCACUCAAUCCAAGAAGCCGUGAUUCCCGUGCUGGCCGAGUUCCUGCGUAGCCUUCCCAGGCAGGCGGUUGGCCCGGCCCACCACUGCGACCCCGGCGUGCUGUCCUUUGUGGGCAAGGUGGCGCAGCUCCGCCUGCCAGAGUUCCUGGAGGGACUGCAGGCCUGCAGCCUCCAGGUCAUCCAGUUGCUCGACCAGUUGCCCGGGGAAGAUCAGCAGAGGACCGUGGUGGAGCUGGUGUACAGGGUGCCCAACCUGGAGUUUGCCCACUUCGAGGCUCUGUUUGCGGCCAUCUCGUCACCCCUGCCACACGGCACCGUCUGCUACCUGCUAGACCUGUUGCUGGCCAGGCUUCCAGAGGAGAAGAGCAAUGGCACCUUCAUGGCUGCCUAUGCAAGCUUCUUACUGAGCCUCCUUACCGGCAUGUCAAAGAAGAGAGGUGCAUUUGUGAAGAACAUCUGGGCCGACGACUCCUCUCUGCUGGUGUUGAAAGAGCUCCUGCCCGAACUCUGCCACAUUCCGGUUGUUCCCGUGGACUGCGAUGAACUCGCAGACCACACUCAAGUCGCUGAGAGGGUGGUCACAGCCUUGGAGGCAUUUCCAGGGGACUGGGAUCUCAGCCAGAUUCUGCACCCAUUUAUGGAGCGAUUCCUGGAAACAUACCCGCAACUGUCGUGCGGUGCCGCGCUCUCCUUGCUGCACUUGGCUGGGCGCCGGAAGAUGUUGACGCCUCCUUCCGUCGUCCUCUGCGUGGCACUCGCCUCGAGCCUGCUCUGCGUGGCAGCGUCGCUUCUGUCGACUCCGGCUACGGCUGCGGCUGCCGACCUGAUCGUGAACGUGGUCGCCGCGUACCUUGUGCGCUGCCAGGGCGCUCUCGGCGACGUACUGACUCAACUGGUGCAGCUGCUUCAAAUCCCCCUGUCCACACCGUGCCUAGAGGUGGCAUGUGGUAGCAUCUGCCUGCUCUCACGGUACGGCCUCCUGGCGGGAUCCCACAGGGCCAUGAUCCUGGCAGUUCUUAACGCUGCAAAGAUGGAGAAUGUGGAGCUUUGCCACCACCCGUGGUACAACGCAACUGUUGCCGAGCUCUGCAAGGCGGACGGAUCCCAGCACACCGCUGCCGGCGCCAUCGUCUACGGAAGGCACGUUUGAGACAGAAAUGGGAAACCCCUUUUCACUGGCGAGAGAACUUUUAUUGCGAACCGUCACAUCGUUUUAAAAAAAGUGGGGAAGGGAACAGUAUGCACGUCGUGUGAACAGCUUCGAUAAUAAAUAAGACACUCAAAGACGG